AUGGAGCAGAGGAACCAGAGUGGGAGAGUAAGUGAGUUUGUGUUGCUGGGCUUCCCAGCUCCUGUGCCACUGCGAACGCUAUUGUUUGCUCUUUCUCUUCUGGCCUAUGUGUUGGUGCUGACUGAGAACACACUCAUCAUUAUGGCAGUUAGAAACCAUCCCACCCUUCACAAACCCAUGUACUUCUUUCUGGCUAAUAUGUCUUUCCUGGAGAUCUGGUAUGUAACUGUCACUAUUCCCAAGAUGCUAGCUGGUUUUACUGGGUCCAAACAGGGCCAUGGACAGCUAAUCUCCUUUGAGGGCUGCAUGACACAGCUCUACUUUUUCCUGGGCCUGGGCUGCACUGAGUGUGUCCUUCUUGCCGUUAUGGCGUAUGAUCGCUAUGUAGCCAUCUGCCAUCCUCUCCACUACCCUGUUAUUGUCAGUGGCCGGCUAUGUGUUCAGCUGGCAACUGGCUCCUGGGCUGGAGGUUUUGGCAUCUCCAUGGUCAAAGUUUUUCUCAUUUCUCGCCUCUCUUACUGUGGCCCCAACAUCAUCAACCACUUUUUCUGUGAUGUCUCUCCAUUGCUCAACCUUUCGUGCACUGACAUGUCCACAGCAGAGCUUACAGACUUUGUUCUGGCCAUUUUUAUCCUACUGGGGCCACUCUCUGUCACUGGUGCCUCCUACAUGGCCAUCACUCAUGCUGUGAUGCACAUUCCCUCAGCUGCUGGGCGCCAUAAAGCGUUUUCCACCUGUGCCUCUCACCUCACUGUUGUGGUCAUCUUCUAUGCAGCUAGUAUCUUCAUCUAUGCCCGGCCAAAGGCACUCUCUGCUUUUGACACCAACAAGCUGGUCUCUGUACUUUAUGCUGUCAUUGUACCAUUACUCAACCCCAUCAUUUACUGCUUGCGCAACCAAGAGGUCAAGAGAGCCCUACGCCGUACUCUGCACCUGUACCAGGGCCAGGAUGCUAAGCCUGGGAAAAUUAGCAGAGAUGGGUAG